UUCCUUGAGCUUACCAUCUCCUUUAUCUUCCCCAAUCCCUGUAAUUUUAGGGCUCAUAUAUAAUUGGAUGUUUCUCUCGAUCUGAUCAUCUGCGUCAUAUGAUUUACGUAUUUAGUUUAGCUUUCACAAUGUUUUGAUAUAGUUUGCGUGAUAGGAUUUGAAGUUGCUUCUUUAUAUAGCUAUUUGUAUAUAUUUUGUCUCUCCGUGAAAGUUUGUAUCAAGUCUCCAGCUUAGAUAGGGUUUGAAUUUAGCUUAAUUGCCGCUCAACAUCGGGACUGAUUCCUUACGUGUUUUAUUUAAAGUAAGCCUAUCUUGUUGCAGAAGCAUUCAUGACCAUUCCGGGGUCCCCUGUAUACCCUUGAAUCACAAAAGGAUUAAUUAACUCAAGUCUGGAAUCAAACAGUUCACAGUUCACUCAAGUCAACUUUCAAUAGAUUCCAGAAAAUUCCAACCCCAACAGUUGAUAGUGUCAUCCACACUGCAACCAUUCAUUUGAUGGCUCUUUGUUUCUGAAUUCUGCCUGCAACAUUUGUCUUUUGCAGCAAAACUGAGGCUUCCUUCUUUACUAAGCCAAUUUUGUUCUUCAGGGAAUGGGUUUUUGGACACUACUAGAAGGUUGCCUUCUGCUAGCUAAUGCUCUGGCAAUACUGAAUGGGGAGCGUUUCCUUGUACCUAGAGGAUGGAGCUUCCAGGAAUUCUCCGGUGUCAGAAGAAAUUCACCAAAAGGGCAGCUGAUAGGUCUUAUUUAUGCAGUCCAGUACAUGAGAAUUCCUCUUAUGGUUGCCAAUACCAUAAUCAUCCUAGUAAAGAUUGUGUCUGGAUGAUGUUGCCUGUGCAGAAGUUGAUCUGGGAAACAACUGGAAAUCAUUGAAACUUUUGGAAGGGAGACUGUUCUAAUCUCACAUGGAAGAACUCUAUGUUGGUGAUUUCAUAUUUUGAAGAAUAAGGCUUCUCAGCACUUCUUCGUUAAUGUAUGAUGCACUAAUUCAACCACUCAGAUUGAUACAGAUUAAGCAUUUAAGAGGAUUGGCAGUAGCUGACAGUAUCAAACAAAAUUUUUGUGUACGCAUAGUAAUGUUACAAUGGCCCAAACAGAAGUUUAUUUUUGAUCCAGUUGUGGGCUUAGUUGUAUGAUACCUUUUAGGCCCAAGGUGAGACAAGUGAUAGGAAAUUUGAUUUAUUCUUAAUUUUGAAUUAGAUUUAAAAAAUUUCAGCUUUUAUUUUUAAUGAGGUUUGUUUAGAUUUUAGCUUUA